AUGAAUAAUAUUCCGGCAGGAUCUAAUGAAAAUCAAGUGAAUGAAAGCCAUCAAACUAACACUUCAGGCAGUGGUGGUGGCGGCUUACCGAUACCAGUUCUCUUUUCAACUAAUCGUCGCUUACAAAUGAUUUCCAACCGACAGUCUAUGCUUAAUGGUGGUGGUGGGGGUACCCCGUUGUCUUUUACAUCAACACAACCAAAUGGUAUGCAAUUUGUUAUUAGUCCACUUGCACCUACUGGUUAUAUCCUACCAUCAUCCUCAUAUAUGGAGAAUUUAUCAAUGAUAAUAUGGCAAUUUUUUACAAAUACAAAACAAACUUCAUUGAAGUAUGCUAAGAAAGUUCACUUGUGUAAUGCUUUACAUGUUGUUGUAUCAGGAGUUUUUGAAAAUGCUGGUCUGUUCAUUGUUGGCUCAUCAAUGAACGGUUUUGGCUCAGAUCAAAGUGAUAUGGAUAUGUGUUUAACUGUGACAUCACGUGAUUUACAACAGAAAAUAGAAGCUGCCGACAUAUUAAGUCAGCUGUUACCACCUUUACAAAAGUGUAGUUUUAUUCGUGAUUUAAAUUUAAUUCCUGCUAAAGUUCCAAUUUUAAAAUUUCGUGAUACACUAGCUGGUGUAGACUGUGAUUUAAAUGUGAAUAAUGUUGUCGGAAUAUAUAAUACACAUUUACUGGCUAUGUAUACAAAAAUCGACUGGCGUGUUCGACCAUUGGGAAUGUUUAUCAAGUACUGGGCUCAACGUAUGGAUAUUCAUGAUGGUAAACGUGGUCGUCUAUCAACAUAUCCUUUACUUCUAAUGCUUAUCCAGUAUCUACAGGCAUCAUGCUCGCCACCAAUAUUGCCUAAUUUACAGGCCAAAUUCCCGAAAAUAUUCAAUUACACCAGACCAUUGUGUGAAUUAGAUAUGCGUCUUGAAUUACCAUGGGCUGAAUUACGCUCAAAUAAUCAAGCAAGUUUAGCUGAAUUAUUUGUUGGAUUUAUUCAUUAUUAUACAAAUGAAUUUAAUUUUAACCAAUGGGCUGUGUCUAUCCGUCAUGGAACACCAUUACCUAUAGAUUUAGCUAUUAAACGCUUACCACCACAUGAACAAGCACAUACUGCAAGAAAUUUAAAAAUUUUUAUUGAAGAACCUUUCUGUCAGGCAAAUGCUGCACGAUCCCUUCAUGCUGAUAAUAUUGUCUCACGAAUAAGACAAGCAUUUAUUAAGACGAAUCAAAUUCUACGCUCACAACGUCCACUAGAAUCAUUAUGGAUCAAUAACAAUAAUAUUAAUGGUAAUUAUAAUGUUGACUGUAUGGAAUGAACGGGUAAUUGAGUGGAUAACUACCUUCUCCGGGUUUUCUUUUCCCAUGACUAUCAUCGUCUUCUGUUACUUUACACUCCUUUUGAUUGGUUGUCAUUAGUAACCUGGGGGAAGAAUACUUUUCAAAUCUUGAUGUAUGCAUGGAUGGAUAAUAUAUACCCUUGUUUUCUCUUUUUCUGACAGUAUACUAUAUUAUAUUACCAUAUAUAGAAAAAUGGAGGACUUGAACACAACAGCAGCUACAAUAACCCCUUAUUUUUUGUUCAAUUUUUUCCCCUUCAAUGUUCAAUGUACGUCUUUUUGUUUAAAAUAACCAUCUUUUUUUUAAAUUUCCCGCUUCAUUUAACAUUUAACAACAAAAACUAACGCUACUUGCAGUGCAGCUAAACAACUUUAAGAAACUACUAAAAUAAAUAAGCAUUUGUAAAACUUUCAAAAACCGUUUCCCCCCCCCAAAAAAAUUAUAUAUAUAGAUAUAGAUAUAUCUGUUAAUUCUUUAUAUAUAUAUAUUAUUACUGUUAUUAUUAGUGUAAAUACUAUUUGACAUAAUAAUAAUAAUAAUACCGCCACUAAUAAGUGUGUCAUGAAUGCGCACAUGCAUGUCAUAUUCAUUCAUAUUUGUACAUACUAUAAAUAAUUAUUUAUAGAUAUAGUAUAUAAAUAUAGACAAUCUAUAUACAUAUCUUCGCAAUCUCUGUAAUUCUAGUAAUAUUUAUUUGAUUGAUUCCUUUUGUGAUUCAAUAUUGAUUGAUGAUUCACACACAACAUUCAUUCAAUUGUCCAAUAGUGUGUCAAAUGUUUCAGUCAUGAUGAUGAUGGUAGUGAUGAUUACGCUUCCUCGUGUGUGUUUUAUUUUCAAUGUUCAAUAUCAACGAAAAAUGCGCGCUUUUUUCAAAUUUAAAUUUCCCUUCUCUUGACUUUUUCUAAAAAAUAAUAAUGAUAAUAAAAAGAAUAGGGUUUUUUGGUUUUUGAAAUGAUGGUAUAUGUAUGUCUUUGAUUGGGUGGGACGUGUUCAAUAACAGCUGUCUUCCCUUAUAAUCUAUUUAUUAUUAUUAUUGUUAUUAUUAUUAUUACUUGUGAUUGAUUACUCGGGCGGAUAGUAGUGAUAAUAAUAAUAAUGAUAAUUUGCCCAAUUAGUGUUUUUUCCUUCCCAUUUCCCCUCCCCCCGGCGUCUCUCCUUCCUGCCCACAUCUUCUAAACUGUAUUCCUGUAAUCAACUCUUUAUCUUCCUUCUUUAAUGACUCUUUAAUAUAUAAUUCUUAUUUAGGAAUUAUUUCUCGUUAACGUGUGAUUCAAACUUGAAUUCUAUUGGUGUUACCAUGACUCUGUAGUCAUCAGCGUCAUCAUUAUUAUUUGAUUGGAUUGGAUUUGAAUUUAUGUUUAUUAUUUUUGUGUGGAAGAGUUAUUUCACUGUGUCUUUCAUGAAAUCCAUGAUACGUGAUCCUAGAAGCUGGUGAUGGGAUGUAAACGUCUCGGUGUAGUUGUCUGCUGCUGCUGCUUCCUGUGUGUGUGUGUGUGCCUGUGUUCUACUGCGAGUACUUUACUGGCGGAAUUGACAAUAUCAUUCAUUCAUGGUGAACAUGUUGUGCAUAUGUGAGUGUGUUCCAUCUUUGAAAACAUCUUGGGGGACAUAAAACUGUGUUUGUGUGUGUGUGUUGUAUAUGAAUAGUGUUUCUCUGUCCUUCUCCGUGUCUCUUCGUGUGUGUGUGUGUAUGUGUGCGUGUUAAAUUCAGGGAGACAAUAAAAUUCCCUCUGUGUUGUAUAUCAUUAGUGUGUUAUAGAGACAAUUUUAAGUUGUCCCAUUAUUUUUUUCUUUGAUAACAACAUUUCAUUUUUGUGCUUUAGUUAUUUAUUUAUUUAUUGAGUUUUUGUAUGUAUGGUAAGAAUUGACUGUAAAAUUCCAUACUCUCUUUUUGUUGUUGAUGUAAUAAAGUUUAUUUCAAAAAAA